UAUAAAUUGCGGCCGACGACAAAGCAUACGGACAAAAGCAUUUUAAUACUCAAAGUGUUAACGUUAAACAAGCCAUCAAUAUGUUCAAAUUUUUUGCCAUCUGUUUAUUUGCCGUGUUCGCCGUAGUUGCUGCUAAACCAGGAAUUCUGGCCGCUGCACCAGCCGUGGUAGGUAGUGCCGCCUACGUAGCUCCCUAUGCCAGCAGCUAUAAUGCGCACAGCAUUGCACACUCCGCAGCGUACCCAGCAUAUGCGGCUGCGCCCAUCGCUGCUGCUCCUUAUGUUGCUUCACCUUACGUAGCUUCACCAUACGUAGCCUCACCAUACGUAGCUUCACCUUACGUAGCUUCAGCCCCUGUAUUGUUGAAGUAAAGUUUCGCAUUACUACAUUUGGAUUAAUCUGUGAUUUUAUUUCCGUUAAAAGUAUAAAUAAAUACGUAUGAAUGACAACGGAAAAUGUGA